GGGUCGCGCAGAUACGUCACUCCGACAUGGAGCCUGUGCUGGUGGCGGACCUUUGGUCACCCGGUUGAGAUGGAGCAAAGUUUAUUAAAACGGCGAAAAGCUGAUCUCAGAUUCCGUUAAAACUGACAUCUAGAAGCAUUCCCUGUGAUCAUAACACGAUUUGAGCUGCAAAUGCUGUUAAUGGCCACAAGAUGAAGGCUCAACUUCAGAUAACAGUUCUGUCUGCUAAGCUGCGGGAGAAUAAGAAGAACUGGUUUGGGCCCAGUCCUUAUGUGGAGGUGUUUGUGGACGGACAGUCGAAGAAGACGGAGAAAUGCACCAACACCCACAGUCCCAAAUGGAAACAGUCUCUCACUGUGAUCGUCACUCCUUUCAGCAAGCUAAUUUUCCGGGUUUGGAGCCACCAGACACUAAAAGCGGACAUUUUGCUUGGCGUGGCCAGUCUGGAGGUCAGCGAGACCUUAAAAGCCAACAACAUGAAGAUCUGUGAGGUGGUGCAGACGCUGCAGUUGAGCUCAGACAGAGGGCGCUCGGAGCAGGUUGGAGAUCUGUCUUUGUGUCUGGAUGGACUUCAGGUGGAUGCAGAGACUUUCGCUUCAGAGGAACAAAAGCACAAUGCUGUUGUUAAUGGAGAAUCCAGACUGAACGGGGAUGCCAUAAGAAGUCGAGACUCUUCUCCAUCUAGUGACAUCACUGACGAUGCGCCUUUGCCCAAUGGCCAUGCAGUGGGAAGCUCCGCCUCUGCAUCUCCAUCCACUGGGGCUUUGAGAGCACCGCGUCCCCUUCGACCCCAGAGACCACCGCCUGCUUCACCACAUAAACAUACUUCCUCCACAGCAUCCUCUACUGGCUCGACUCCCACUCACGGCAGCAGCGCUCCCAGUCCAGAGAUGUCUCCACGAGUGUGUGUGAAUGGAGAAACCGAGAGUCAAGGGUCAAGCUCGGGCUCAGGCUCAAAUCAGGCACCCAGAGCCAGUCCAACACCACCCAGAGCUCCAGCCAUCACCAACGGCCCUCUUCCUCCAGGCUGGGAGCAGAGAGCGGAUCAGAACGGACGCGUUUACUAUGUUGAUCACAUCGAGAAAAGAACCACAUGGGAAAGACCUGAACCUCUGCCACCAGGAACCACCACAUGGCAGAGACCCACGCUAGAGUCGGUGCGCAACUAUGAGGAAUGGCAGAACCAGCGCAGUCAACUUCAGGGAGCCAUGCAGCGCUUCAACCAGAGGUUCAUCUAUGGCCUGCAGGAACAGCUCGCGCCGACAGCUAAUAAAGAGUUUGACCCUCUGGGACCGCUGCCGUCAGGAUGGGAGAAACGUACCGACAGUAAUAGGAGGAUGUAUUUUGUUCACCAUCCUACAAGAUCCACACAAUGGGAAGACCCUCGCACACAAGGGUUGCUAAAUGAGAAGCCUUUGCCGGAAGGUUGGGAAAUGAGGUUUACAGUGGAUGGGAUUCCCUAUUUUGUGGAUCACAACAGAAGAACUACAACAUACAUAGACCCCCGUACAGGAAAAUCCUCGCUUGAGAACGGCCCUCAGAUCACAUACGUACGAGAUUUUAAAGCCAAAGUGCACUAUUUCCGCUUCUGGUGUCAGCAAUUAUCAAUGCCUCAACACAUCAAAAUCCAUGUGAGUCGCAAAACGCUGUUUGAGGACUCAUUUCAGCAGAUUAUGGGUUGCCAUCCACAAGACCUGAGGCGAAGAUUGUGGAUCAUUUUCCCAGGGGAGGAGGGGCUUGACUAUGGAGGCGUGGCCAGGGAAUGGUUUUUCCUGCUCUCGCAUGAGGUCCUGAACCCCAUGUACUGUCUGUUUGAAUACGCCGGCAAAGAUAACUACUGCCUACAGAUUAACCCAGCAUCCUCCAUCAACCCAGACCACCUCAAAUACUUCAAGUUCAUCGGCCGCUUCAUUGCUAUGGCUUUGUUUCAUGGGAAGUUCAUCGACACCGGCUUCUCUUUGCCCUUUUAUAAGCGCAUCCUGAACAAACCUUUAGCUCUGAAGGACCUGGAGUCCAUCGACCCCGAGUUUUACAACUCUCUCAUCUGGAUCAAGGAUAAUAAUAUCGAGGAGUGUGGCUUGGAGAUGUUUUUCUCUGUGGAUAAGGAGAUUCUGGGAGAGGUCACAACUCAUGAACUCAAACCUGAUGGAGGAAACAUUCAGGUGACGGAGGAAAAUAAAGAGGAGUAUAUCAGGUUGGUUGCUGAAUGGAGGUUGUCCAGAGGAGUCGAGGAGCAAACUCAGGCCUUCCUCGAGGGCUUUAAUGAUGUCCUGCCGCAGCAGUACCUGCAAUACUUUGACGCCAAAGAACUUGAGGUUAUGCUGUGUGGGAUGCAGGAGAUCGAUCUGGGCGACUGGCAGAGGAACUCUAUCUACAGACACUACGCUCGCAGCAGCAAACAGAUCGUCUGGUUCUGGCAGUUUGUGAAGGAGAUGGACAAUGAAAAGCGCAUGCGUCUGCUGCAGUUUGUGACCGGCACAUGCAGACUUCCCGUUGGGGGAUUCGCUGAUCUUAUGGGCAGCAACGGACCGCAAAAGUUUUGCAUUGAAAAAGUGGGAAAAGAAAACUGGCUGCCGAGGAGCCACACAUGCUUUAACCGUCUAGACCUGCCGCCCUAUAAAAGCUAUGAACAGUUAAAGGAGAAGCUGCUCUUCGCCAUCGAGGAAACAGAAGGUUUCGGUCAGGAGUAAAGCAUGAAAACAUCAGCUCAUAAUCACCAUCAUAUCAGAAGCUGCUACCGAGAGAUCAGCAGUGUUUUCCUGGACGCUCUCCUCAUCUCUCAGCUUUCUGUUUCUCUGAUUUUCUCGCCAUUCUGAUUUUAUACUGCCUUAGUUAAAGAUCUGCGAUGAAACAAACACUUCAGCUCGCUCUAUGCACAAAACCUGCGUCUCAACAUGCAACAAACUCUCUCCUUUCGCUUUUUUUCUUGAGCUUUGAGUUUGCAUGUCAUUUUUAGACACAGAGAGGUAGGAUGCGUUGCACUUUAUUAGUAAAACACACACACACACACACACACACACACACACACACACACAGGCGUAAUAUGCAACAGGUCAAACUUCAGCUCACAAUCCAAAGAAGUUGCUGAUGUAAUUACUGAUUGCAUGGUGAAAAAUGAAGCCUGUUUUACAUUUUACAUUAAAACUUGACAUUAUAAUGCUAUAAAUGCUGAGUUUUUGUCUUGUUUCUUGUUUAAAUGUUGAAAAAGUCUUAAAUUAAGAGGCUUUUUCUUGACAAAUAAACAUGAUUGUGAUGUUUUUAGAAAUAAUAUGUAAAAAUUAAGUAAGUUUUUCUUUAAAACAAGCUUAAUAAUCUGCCAAUGAGUUGAGUAAAAUAAUCUAAAUGCAAAACAUUAAUUUGCUUUCACCUAUGGCAGAUUAUUUAGCUUGUUUUAAGGAAAAUCCCUCUUUAUUUUAACAUAUUACUCCUGAAAACAACACUAGUUGUCUUGAAAAUGCUCCUUUAUCGCAGUAUUUUUAGAUAUUUGAGCUAGAAACAAGUCAAAAUAAGUAAGAAAGCAUUUUUGCAGUGUCCCGAAAUGCAAUAAAAUUCCAUUCUCAAUUCAUUAUUGUUUAAAAAAAACACAAUUGCAAAAAAAUAGGCUUCAUGUUUAAUGGUUUUUUAAUGUGAAAUAAACUUAUUUUGAUUUUCAC